CGUUCUCGUCUGCCAUGGCUCGGAACGGGGCCGCUGCCGUUGGCCACGGCGAAGGCCUCCAACUACGGGAGACUUGGUCGAGGUGCGUCACGGAGGGCGCGACACAUGAUUUCAAGGUGACCAACUACCCUCUGCUUGAGGGCAUGGGCACGUACAUCACCUCCCGCACGUUCAGGGUCGGCGGCUACGAUUGGAAUAUCAGGUUCUACCCGGACGGACACACCAAGGACUCUGAAAAAGCGUUAGCAUUCUUGUUUUGUCUCAGCUCAUUGACGAAGGAUGUGAGGGCAAAGCUCACCAUAACCUUGCUGGAUAAGGGAGGGAAAGUGGAAUUGCUGACCACCCCGGACCGGUCCGGCCGCCUCGAGCGCACCCUUAAAGACGGGAAGGGCACCGACGUCACGUUCCUCGUGGGUGGCAGGGAGUUCAGCGCGCAUACGUUCAUGCUUGCUGCGCAAUCGCCGAUUUUCGAUGCUCAGUUCUUUGGCCCGAUGGCGGAUAAGGACACGCAGUGCAUAGAGGUUCCCGACAUGGAGCCGGCCAUCUUCGAGAUGCUUCUUCACUUCAUCUACACGGACUCGCUGCCCCCAUGUAACGAGAAAGGUUACGAUGCUGCUACCAUGCAGCACUUGCUAGUCGCAGCACACCGGUAUAGGCUGGACAGGCUUAAGGUGAUGUGUGAGGAGAAGCUAUCCAAAAGCAUCAACGUGCAGACCGUUACAAGUACAUUGGCAGUUGCAGAUCAGCACUUCUGUGAGGGGCUCAAAGAUGCUUGUGUGGAGUUUCUUUCUGCGCGGGGAAUAGCGGGAAUUGCCUUCUUAAGGUUCACACGCUGCAUGGCAAAGCUGGAAUCGGGGGACAAGGAGGUAUCUGCCGCGGGGACGAAGUAA